AUGCAUGUGCGAAGCCUCUCUUCACUGCUCGGCUUAUUCCUGUUGUUUCUAAGAGCUGAUGCUCUAUUCACAUUUGGUUUAAUUCGUUGCCAAGUUACAUCCACAAAUGAAUUUGUGUAUCUGGAACAAUACUACUUUAAUAAGAGGCUUAUUGGCCAGUACAACAGCUCCUUGGGAAAAUAUACCAGCUACGUUGAAUACACAAAGAACCUUGUAGACGAAAUUAACAACCCAUCUCUUUUGGAACGCAAGAAUAAGGAUUUGGAGAAAUGCAGAAGCCACAUAUCACUAUUGGAAGUCUUUUUAAAUCCAGUCAAGCCCUAUGUCAGACUGAGAUCAGCUAAGGCAGAGAGCGGCAGACACCCAAGCAUCCUCGUCUGCAGUGUGUACAACUUCUAUCCCAAACAAAUCCGAGUGACAUGGCUGAGGAACGGAGAGAAGGCGACAUCUAAUGUGAAGUCCACUGACGAGCUGGCCAACGGGAACUGGCUCUACCACGUCCAUUCCUAUCUGGAGUAUACGCCCAGACUGGGAGAGACAAUCACCUGUAUGGUGGAGCACGCCAGCUUUAAGCAUCCCAAACUUUACGACUGGGAACCCCUGUCUGAGUCCGAGAGGACAAAGAUCACUGCUGGGGCUGCAGGGAUGCUGCUGGGUAUUGUUGUUUUACUUGCUGGAGGGAUUUACUACAAGAGGAACACUACUGGUCGGGUGUUGGUGCCAUUGAGUUAAGAUUACAUCUGUCUGCUGAAAUAUUUGUAUCCAAACCAAAAUGGCACAGAGGCAACAAG